CAGGCGUACUUCAAGACGGGGCCCGAACGCGAACCAAAAAGAGAGUUUUGGAGAAAUGGAGCGAUCGAAGGAGGAAUUCCUGAGGCGAUUUGGGGAAGACUACGGAUACCCCAACGCGCCCAAGAACAUCGAUGAGAUCCGCGCUUCCGAGUUCAAGAGGCUCCAAGGGCUUGUUUACCUGGACCAUGCGGGUGCCGCGCUGUACUCCGAAGCCCAGAUGGAAGCUGUGGUCAAAGACCUUACCUCCAAUGUCUACGGAAACCCUCAUAGCCUGAAUGAUUCCAGCAUGGCCACCUCUGACAUCAUUAGUGCAGCACGCCAGCAGGUCCUUAACUAUUUUAAUGCAUCUCCGAAGAACUACGUAUGCAUAUUUACUUCUGGGGCAACAGCGGCUCUGAAACUUGUUGGGGAAGGAUUUCCUUGGAGUAGAGAAAGCUGGUACAUGUACACCAUGGAAAAUCACAACAGUGUCCUUGGGAUUAGAGAAUAUGCUCUUGAUAGGGGAGCAACUGCUCUUGCUGUUGAUAUUGAAGAUGUUAAACUUCAUGGUCGACAAGAAGGAACUAAUGAAUCUUCAGUUCGGAUCCUAAAACACUCAGUGCAGAGAAGAGCCGAAGCUAAAUUUCCACAAGAUGGCAUGAUUGGCAAACUGUCAGAUAAUGCAUAUAAUUUGUUUGCGUUCCCUUCGGAGUGCAAUUUCUCUGGUCAGAAAUUUUGCCUUGACUUGGUUAAGGUUAUCAAGGAUGAUGCUCAAAAAAUUUUUGAAGGCUCACAAGGGGGACAAUGGAUGGUUUUGGUAGAUGCGGCAAAAGGAAGUGCAACUGACCCCCCUGAUCUUGCUAGGUAUCCUGCUGAUUUUGUUGUCUUUUCUUUCUAUAAGAUAUUUGGCUAUCCAACUGGGCUUGGUGCUCUUGUUGUUCGAACUGAGGCGGCCAGGAUUCUGACUAAAACCUAUUUUAGUGGAGGCACAGUAUCUGCUUCAAUUGCUGAUAUUGACUUCAUAAAAAGAAGGGAGCACAUUGAACAAGUGCUUGAAGAUGGGACCCUAUCAUUUUUGGCGAUAGCUUCCAUUCGUCAUGGGUUCAACGUAAUUGAUGCAUUGACUACAUCUGCUAUUUCUCGGCAUACAACAUCUCUGGCUGCUUAUGUGAGAAACAUGAUGAUGGACUUAAAGCAUGAAAAUGGAGUGAAUGUUUGCACAAUCUAUGGAAGAGACAUUGCUAAGGUAUUGUCUUUGGACUUGGGUGCCACUAUCACAUUCAAUUUGAGAAGAGCAGAUGGCUCCUGGUAUGGAUAUCAUGAGGUGGAAAAGUUGGCUUGUUUAUCAGGAAUCCAGUUGCGGACAGGUUGCUUCUGCAAUCCUGGUGCAUGUGCCAAAUAUCUUGGUUUGUCUCACUCUGAUCUUCUUUCCAACUAUGAGGCAGGCCAUGUUUGCUGGGAUGAUAAGGAUGUAUUACAUGGAAAACCAACAGGUGCCGUUAGGAUAUCCUUUGGUUAUAUGUCCACAUUUGAAGAUGCAGAGAAAUUUUUGAGUUUUUUAGAAAUAUCUUUUGUAGCAAAGCAUAAGUCAUCCAAUGGUAAAUGUCAACUAAGCACUGAGGCAGUUCCUUUAUCAGGCAUUGGUUGGCAGCAGUUGGCAGGGAAUGUCCAACUGAAAUCCAUCAUGGUUUACCCUGUAAAAUCCUGUGCAGGAUUCAGCAUGUAUAGUUGGCCGCUAAGCAAUAUGGGCCUGAAAUAUGACCGAGAAUGGCUUCUCAAAGGACCAAGUGAUGAAAUUUUGACUCAGAAAAAGGUACCUGAAAUGUGCAAUAUCCGUACAUUUGUUGAUUUAGAGCAGGGAAAGCUGUUUCUAGAAUCACCACGCUGUAAAGAGAAAUUGCAAGUUUCUCUUGCAAAGAAUUCAUUUUGGGAAAUGGAGGAAAUGAAUGCCUAUGGUCAAAGAUAUGAAGUGAUGACUUAUGAUGAUGAGGUCAAUAUGUGGUUCACGGAAGCCAUUGCUCGUCCUUGUACCUUUGUGCGAUGUUCAAGUUCCAAGAAACGUUCGUGCAUGAACAAGGUUGGUAGAGAAGGCCAAUGCAGGGAUAGUGAGAGCAAAUUAACUUUUGUUAAUGAAGCACAGAUCUUAUUAAUAUCGGAGGAUAGUGUUCAUGAUCUAAACAGCCGGUUAAACUCAACAGAUAUGCAGAAAGAUUACUCUGGUUCAGGGCAGCCAGUGCUUGUUGAUGCAAUGAGAUUCCGUCCCAAUCUUAUUAUUUCAGGAGCAAAGCCAUAUGUUGAAGACAGCUGGAGAAGCCUGCAAAUUGGAGAGGCACACUUUACUUCAUUGGGUGGAUGCAACCGCUGUCAGAUGAUUAAUCUUGAUCAGCAAUCCGGACAAGUGCGAAAAUUGAAGGAACCUUUGGCAACAUUAGCUUCGUAUAGACGAGUGCAGGGGAAGAUUCUAUUUGGUGUUCUGUUAAGAUAUGAGGACUGCAUCAUGGAGGAUGGAGAAGAAAAGAAUGGCAAGGAGAGAUGGCUUCAGGUGGGGCAAGAAGUUUAUCCAUCUAUUGAUUAGUUGAGGAGAAAAAAGAAAAAAGCUCAACCUGGAAUCUUCUUUCUUAACCUAAAGAGAUGUUAUAAAUUACCUGCCCUGAGUUGCAGAUGAAGUGGCAGUUUGAGAUAGAACUACAGAUAAUAGAAGAUUUUGCUUAUAAUCCAUUUCCCCCCAAAAAAUAGUCAAAAUGGAUUUACAAACAGGUGAAUGUAAUAGGGAUAGUGACCUGUAUUUUAUGUGUAUGUAUAUCUGCUUGGAUACAUCAUGCGCAGCAUCUUCCAUAAUUGUGUAUUAGCGUAGAAGAGAAAAAGAGUUGUCGUUUUGCUA